AUGGAUAAAGUGCCUACUCGUCUCCGAGUGUCUCGCUACGCCGCGUUCGACGGGCUCCUGGCACUAAAGAAGCGUUGGUUCUGGAUCGACAGUCUCUGCAUCCCUGUUGCUGCGGCGGACGACGCUACACAUGCAAAGGAGGCUUUUACUCAAGCCAGGACGACGGCAAUUGACAGCAUGAAUAUUACAUACGCAUAUGCAUCACUGACUCUAGUUCUUGACGCUGAAAUGCUCACUCUCUCCAAGCACAUGCAUGUUCCAACCUUGAUGGCAUACGCAAGUCAUUGUGGAUGGACCACGCGCGCUUGGACACUUCAAGAGGGCAGUCUAUCCAGACGUGUCGUCUUUGCCUUGAGUGACGGGAUCCUCGAAGUUGACCGGCCCGAAACUCCAGAGUAUGAACUCAGCGUUCUCAUUGCCAGCCUGCUGCAUCGCCUUGCCGAAGCCCUAUUCUUGCCACCAUGUACCGAGACCCGCAGGCUUUCUCUGUCGACAUUCGAGCCAGAGUUCAAGAGCCAGUCCGCUGGCUGCCUCAAUUACGAAGACAUCUUACUACUCGAUUGGUCGCGGCACAAAAUCUUUGUUCAAGCUUUAGGUAAACGCGACAACUGGGAGCACGAGAUGCUACUCAUUGCGUGGAAUGGUCUAAUCCACCGACAUACGACUUAUUCCAAAGAUCUGAUCGUCGUGUUGGCUAACAUCCUCGGGUAUAGGGCUUCUGACACUGUCUGGCAGUCUGCAACGAAUACCUAUCGCUUAUCUAUUCGAUGUCAAGCCCAGCAUAGGCUGCGACUCUCUUCAACUUCACAGCCUCACCGAGGGUACACUCGCAGCUGGUGA